AUAACUGAGCAAUCUGACAGAUAACGUGUCACUGUGAUUGGUCCAAAGUUCAAUGUCGACCGGCACCAAGAGACAGGGACACACUCAGACAGACUGAACCAGUGGAGAGAGAAGAGACAAGGAAGUCCAGAGGAAAAGAGAAACACAUGAAAUCCUCUGGAAGGAGGCAGGACUGAAGGAAACCGGUACAGCCCAGAUACACACAGCUCUUGGUUCUGAGAGAGAUGGACAUCCUUGAAACAGCCGCCUAUGACCGAAGACAGCGCAGGAACACGUACUGUGUUCUACUACUCUCUCUCUCGCCGUUCUUCCUGGCCAUCGCUGUCUACUUCUAUCUGUGGAUCCCUGACUCCUCCCCCUCCAUCUUCGCUGCGGCUAUUAAGGCCGCCCCUGUCAUCUCAUUGGCUCUCCUGGUGCUGAGCUACAAAGGGGGGAGGAGUCUCCUCGGCGUGGCGGGGGGCCUGAUCUUCUCGGCAGGCGGAGACUGUUGCCUUAUAUGGCCCGAGCUGUUUCUCCAUGGAAUGGCCUCCUUCGCCUUGGCCCACCUGCUCUACUCCCUCACCUUCCUCUCCACUCGUUACUCCUCCCCCAGCUCCUCCUCUUCCCUGUCCUACUUCUUCUGCCUGCUCCUGUGGCUGCUGGGGGGAGGCCUCUACGCUUACCUCUUCCCUUUCCUGCAGAAGACACCGGACGCGGCCGCCCUGACUCCCAGGGUCGGGGUGUACGUGGCUCUGAUCGUCCUGAUGGCUACGCUGGCGGUUCGCACCCGCCGACCGCUGAUCAUGCUGGGCAGUUUGAUCUUCAUGACCUCUGACCUGACGCUGGCGCUGCAGACCUUCAAAGUGACGGAGCCCCUGGAGCACGGCAGGCACAUCGUCAUGACGACGUACUACCUGGCGCAGCUGCUGAUCGCCGUGGGUGACAUCAAGGCCGCGGAGGGCGGGGAUGAGUUUGCCAAAUGGAAGAAAUCUUAGUUAAGGGGUCAUGUGAGAUAGGGGCCAGGUCCCAAUUUUCCACCCUGCUCCCGAAGUGUACAAACAACUGUCCCCUUUCUCACAUGGACUUUACAAUGGUGGAAACUCCCUCCAGCCUACUUAUACUAAUCUCACGCUUUUAAAUCAAUGACAGGGAGUGGUUAAGUGCACAAUUCUGGAAAAGGGUGGAGAAUCAGGACGUUGCCAUGGAAAGCAAACUUGGGACUACCAUUCUCUGACUAGUCGGCAGCUAUAGGAACUUCAGGCUGUUUGUUGAGACUAGACUGAGAAUGAGGCAGAAAGAAGUUGAAAAAGGAAGAUUCCCCCCAAAGAAAAUCCUCUUUAUUAAACUAAACCUCAGAGUAUCAGGACAGUCUGUCCGUUUGUUGAGAAAGCUCAGGAAUGGGAAACAUAACCACUGCCAAAAUUCAGACAGCUAGAUGCAAGGACUGACAUGAGACGGACUUGACAGUAUUUUCCAUAGUCCAGAAUAAAGUUAGAAAUAUCAUUCUCCUUCACUCUGUCUGUGAAAACAGUCCUACGGUCUUAAAGACAUGAUUUGAGAUGUGAUGCACUUCCCUUGUUAGUUGUGAUUUAUCAAACACAUUCUGUAUAACGGUCUGUUGAUAUGAAGAGACGAUUCUCAGAAAUGAAGUCCCUUAUGAAAAAAUAAAAUGUUAAUUUAUUCAUGAUGAAAUGGGGAUGAAAAAUAAAGGUGUGUUACAUA